CGAGUGCGCUUGUUGUUUGAGAACACCUCGUGACGCUGCUCGAUGUGACGUCAGUUCCGCAUUGUCUCCAUGUGAGUGUGGCGGAACCGAGAGAAGCUGAGAGUGUGAGACACACAGUGAAGAGAUGCGAGGAUUGAUGUGAACAUGAAGGCGCUGCGCUGCUUCUGUCUGCUGCUGUCAGUGGUCACAGCUCUUGGAGAUUUGAGCCGUCCUCAGAAUCUCUCUCUUCAGACUCUCAACACACAGUAUGUUCUGCAUUGGGACUGGGCUGAUGAUCAGCAGACGGCCGUGAACGGGACGCUUACCUUCACUGCACAGUAUCUCUCGGCGUUUCAAUCCCGUAAGGCGGCUCAUAAGCAGAAAUGGAGGACGGUGUGCGCUGAUGUUUCAGAGCAUCUCUGUGAUUUCACUGAUUCUGGACUGAAUUACUGGGGCAUAUAUUAUCUGCGUGUGCGGGCCAACACAGCACAGUGGUUCUCCAGCUGGACCAACAUCAGUUUCUGCCCUGAUAAAGAUGCUGAUUUAGGUCCUCCGUCCAGUGUGAAGCUGACCUCUGUUAAAGGAGAUCUAGAGAUCGUCAUCGCUGACCCUCUGAGCAGCACCAACGAGUCCAUGAAAACGCUGGCUCCCGACAUGCAUUACCUCAUCCAGUACUGGAAGAAGCGUGAAGACUAUAAGAAGGCUGAAGUCUUAAAGACGAAGAAUAAUGUGGUGACGCUGUCUGAGCUGGAUGGAUCAACAUGGUACUGUGUGAGAGUUCAGAGCUGCUGUGACUUCUACAACAAGACAAGCGUCUUCAGUGAUACACACUGCACACGCACUGAAGGACAGACUCCGUACUGGCAGAUAUUUCUGUACUUCCUGUUGUCGCUGGUGCUGUGCUUCCUGCUGGUGCUGCUGGUGUGGUUUUGCUUUUACAAGGUGUUGAAGUCCUUAAAGAGCAUCUUCUACCCAAACGUUCAACUCCCGGCUCACAUUCAGGAGCUGUGGUCACCUGACUCGGAGAAGCCGCAGCUGCUCCCUCCGGAAUCUCCCGGUUCUGUCUGUGAACACCUGGACCUGAUCAGCGCCGAGAUGGACACGGUGACGGACGCCCAGAGCUUAAACUCUGAGGACCAGGACACGAGCGCUCCCAGCCGACACGGCAGCGGAGACUCCGGCUUCAACUCCACAGAGGAGGACUUCAGUCGGCACGGCGCCUUCACUGACGUACAGACCGAUGACGUGUGCAAGACGAACAGGAAGCACACUGAAGAGCUGCAUGAUGGGACGCUGGAGCUCUGCGCUUAAGACCAGACACACACAGAUGACUCCGUUCUGUUUCUUUCUCUGUUCAAACAUGUUGUGACAGCAGCACCGUGGAAAUGCAAAACCUUUGGGAGGUUUAUGGCAUUUCAGACAUAUUUUCAUUUCUGUAUUCAAACGUGCAGAUUCUUUAUGAUUCUUAUAGGAUCUUAAUUCAUGUUUUGUCUCUCGAUGUCUUUCUUUGUUAGCUUCAAAAGCAGCUGCAUGUAAAGAGAAUAAGCGUCACUCAUCUUCACCCAGUGUCACAUUAAAAUGGACUCUAUCAUAUGAAGCUGACUUCUUCUUCUUCACAUUCUGCAUGUCUGUUUCACUCCAUCAAUGAUGACAGAUUUUAUAAAUGGUCAUAUGUUCAGGUUGAUGUUUUUCUGCAUGUGAAGACUGUUGAUUACAUUAAAUGGAUAGUUCACCUGAUGGUUUAUAAUCGCAGUGAAUGGGGAGCCGCAUUUUGAAGUAAAAAAUAAUGCAUCCAUCCAUAAAAAAGUAAUCCAUACGACUCCAGGGGGUUAAUAAAGGUCUUCUGAAGUGAAGCAAUGCGUUUUUAUAAGAAAAAUAUCCCUAUUUAAAACUUUAUUUACUAUAAUAACUAGCUUCCAGCAGACGGCCGUACGCAUCGGUUUGCAGUGGAAGAGUGACCUCUGACCCGACGCAUGCCGAAAUGAUGAACACAGAAGCACAGAGGAGAGAGCAAAACAAAACACCGGUCACGAAUUAGGAAUCCAAAAAGAGAAAUUUUACAGAUAAAUGUUGGAGGAUUUUGAUAUAAGAGAAGAGGAGCUUGAGUUUGUUGCACAGCUCUAUAUGUUUGCACCGUGAGAGGCGUCUUACGAUACUCCUGCACUGCGUCCUGUCGCGUCACGGGUUACUCAUUCAGCUGAUGCAUACGUCAUCCGCCGGAAGCUAGUUAUUUGAAUUUAUAGUUUUAAAUAUGGAUAUUUUUCUAACAAAAAUGCAUCACUUUGCUUCAGAAGGCCUUUAUUAGCCCCCUGGAGUUGUACAGAUUACUUUUAUUAUGGACGGAUGCAUUUUUGGAAGCUUUAAAAUGCAGCCCCCCCUAUUCAAACCAUUAUAAACCUUGGAGGACUAAGGAUAUUUUUUAAAUAUAUCUCUGAUUGUGUUCUGAUUUUUGUAACUGCAUACUUGUACUUACACAUGCACAUUUAAUUGUUUUUGCACUAAUUAAUCUAUCCACAAGGUGGAAACCAUGCCAAGGAAGUCAAAUAAAAACUGGAUAAACAAAA